AUGAAAUUCAAAAACCGAACAGCAGUUUCAGAAUUCCUGCUCCUGGAAUUGACAGAGGAUCCACAAUGUCAGCCCCUCAUCUUCAGCUUGUUUCUGGUUAUCUACCUUGUCACCAUCCUGGGGAACCUGCUCAUCAUCCUGGCUGUGACUUCUGAUGCCCACCUCCACACCCCCAUGUACUUCUUCCUCUCCAAGCUGUCCUUUAAUGACAUCUGUUUAAGCACAACAACAAUCCCAAAGAUGCUGGUCAGCAUACAAAUACAAGAUCAGAGCAUCACUUUCAUAGGCUGUCUCUCUCAGAUGAAUGUUGCCUUGAUUUUUGGUGGUUUAGAAAAUUGUCUCCUUGCAGUGAUGGCCUAUGACCGCUAUGUGGCCAUUUGUCACCCACUGAGGUACACGGUCAUCCUGACCCCCUGCCUCUGUGUCCUGUUGGUUCUGUUCUCUUUGUUUAUUAGCACCGUGCAUGCCCUGCUCCACACUUUGAUGGUGCUGCGCCUGUCCUUCUGCACAGACCUAAAAAUCCCUCACUUCUUCUGUGAACUUGUUCAGGUCAUCAAACUUGCUUGCUCUGAUACCUUUGUCAAUAAUCUUUUGAUAUAUUUAGUAGCUAGUCUUUUUGCUGGUGGUCCUGUCUUUGGGAUUAUUUUCUCUUAUACUCAAAUUGUCUCCUCUAUUUUGAGAAUCCCAUCAAUGGGGGGAAGGUAUAAAGCUUUUUCCACCUGUGGGUCUCACAUCUCAGUGGUGUCCUUAUUCUAUGUGACAGCUUUUACAGUGUACAUGAGUUCUGCUGUAUCAGACUCUCCCAUUAAGAAUGUAGUGACUUCAAUGAUGUACAUUGUGAUCCUACAAAUGUUAAACCCUUUUAUCUAUAGUUUGAGAAACAGAGAAAUGAAAGCUGCUUUGAGGAAGCUCAUCACUCUUCUCUAA